CAAACAUGGCCGCCCCCACGUGGUUCUCCAGAUAUGUUGUUUACAGAUGAAAUGUAACUCGGAACUGAGCAUUAUCACGUCAUGGAAGGUGAAGAUAAAAAGAAGGCCCAUCGUGUCCGACAGGCUGGGCGAAAGGCAGAGAAGAAGAAGGCCAAAGACAAACAUGAACAAGACCUGACAGCCAAACAGAGGAACCCAAGAGCUUUUGCUAUUCAGUCAGCUAACAAGACUGCAAAACGUGUUCAAAGAACUCUUGAUCACAAGACCAAGAAACAUCACAUCCCUCUUGUGGAUCGAACACCUGAUGAGCCUCCACCUGUUGUUGUGGGCAUAGUUGGGCCACCCAAGGUGGGCAAGUCCACUCUGAUGCAGUGCCUUGUGAAGAAUUAUGCCAAGCAGAAGCUGUCUCAAAUAUCUGGACCAGUCACAGUUGUAUCAGGGAAGGACCGACGCCUCACUCUCAUAGAGUGUAACAAUGAUAUCAACAGCAUGAUUGAUCUGGCCAAGGUUGCUGACCUGAUCCUGCUGCUGGUGGAUGCCAGUUUUGGGUUUGAGAUGGAAACAUUUGAGUUCCUCAACAUCUGCCAAGUUCACGGCUUUCCUCGUAUCAUGGGUGUGCUAACUCACCUUGACAUGUUCAAGGACAGCAAGAAGAUCAGGAAAACAAAGAAGAGGAUGAAACACAGGUUUUGGACAGAAAUUUAUCAGGGAGCCAAGUUGUUUUACCUGUCUGGCACGAUCAAUGGAGAAUAUCAACGUACUGAGGUGCAUAAUCUGUGUCGCUUUAUCUCUGUGAUGAAGUUCCGCCCAUUGCUGUGGAGGAUGACACACCCAUAUGUGCUGGCUGACAGGAUGGAGGACAUCACCAACCCUGAGUCUAUGCGUCUUGACUCCAAGUGUGACCGCAAGGUGUGCCUGUAUGGCUAUGUGCGGGGAACACACAUGAAGAACCAACAGAUGGUGCACAUUGCAGGGUGUGGAGAUUUCAACAUUCACAACAUGCAGUUCCUGCCUGACCCCUGCCCGACCCCCAGCAGAGAGAAGAGGCGCUCCCUGAAUGACAAGGAGCGGUUCAUCUACGCCCCCAUGUCAGGAGUUGGGGGCAUCGUGUAUGACAAGGACGCUGUGUACAUCGAUCUGGGGGGGGCAGCCACUCUCACAGACAAAACACCAGGCAACAAGAUGGUGGCUCAGCUGAUAGAGAUGAUCAACCCCAUCGACAAGAAACUGACAGCAAGUGAAAUGAGCGUGUUUACAAACACAGCUCCGAUCCAGUCAGCUGAUGCAGAUGAUGGCAGUAGUGAAGAUGACGAUGAACAUGUGGCCGGGCAGAGCAAUCUUUUACCAGAAGAGGAGUUAGUGCAGACAAGUGAUGGUCGCACUAGGAGGCGAGCGGUGUUUAGUGGGGAUGAAGACCAAGAUGAUGAAGAUAGUGAUGAAGAAGAGGCUGACAGUGAUGAAGAGGCUGUGACUAGUGAGCAGAGAGAGAAGGCUGUAGUGUUUGCAGACAGUGACGAUGAGAUACAACUCUUCAAAAAUACAUCUGUGUCAAAACUGGGACAGACACCCGAGCAGAAUGGGAGUGUAACUCAGAAACAGAGGAAACUGACGUCCCAGAAAGACAAUGAUGUCUGGUUGGACUUUAAUUUGGAGAGUGAUGAUGAGGUUGAUGAAAUAGUCAAGGAAAAAGAUAAUGACAAUAAGAGUAAGGAUGACAGUGGAAGUGAGGAUGAAGAAGGUGAGGAUGACAAUGAAAGUGAGGAGGUGGACCAAAGUGAUGACAGUGACAAUAUAGACGAGAGUGAUGAAAGUGAAGAUGAUGAUGAAAGUGAUGGUAGUGAUGAGGCGGAUGAAGACAGCGAUGAAGACCAGAUGGAUACAGAUGCUGUUGUGAGUGUCAGUAAAGUACAAAGGAAAGACUUAAAAAGUGUUGGCUCCACGGCAGAGAAGACAGAUCCACCUAAAUCUGUUUCUAAGAAGGAAACUUCGGACAUUUCUAAAUCACCUUUUAACUCAAAAAAGCACAAAGACAAUGAAAAUAUGUUAAUAAGGAAACAAAAGCCAGACAAAUUAUUGACUGAUGUUGUUAACAAAUCAUCGAAACAUGUAAAGGUGAAAAUUGAUAAAAAGGUGAAUAAACAGUCCAAACUUGAACUCAAAAACUCCUUAGUUCCUGAGUUUGAUGAAGUGGAGAUGAAGUCUGUGUCAGGUGAAGAAGACAUGUCAAAUUCAGAAAAAGCGAGUCUUCUUCAAGCUCAGAUGACUCAGAUGAAGAGAUUUCACUUCUAUGACAUUUAUGUUACCAUGGUAACAGAAGCGGAGACUGUGAAGGAAGAAGCGGAUAAGGACACGGAUGAGGUGGGAGGUCUGUUCAGGGUGCUCAAGCAGAAGAAGGACAAGGGGAGGAUGGGAAAUUCGAGAUUAAACAACAUGGACUGUUCCAAGUUUUGUGAGGACAGCAUGCACGACUGGGACCUGGAGGAGGUACGCCUGCUUAUACGUGAUUGUUUUGUGACUGGGAAAUGGGACAAGAGUGAAGAUGCAGCGGCAAGACUCCAGGAAGAUGAUGAGCUGUACGGAGAUUUUGAAGACUUGGAGACCGGGGAAGUGCACAAGGGGAAGACAAGCGAUGGAGAGGAGGAGGAGGAGGACAAAGAUGGUGAAGAUGAAGGAGUGAAGAAAGAAGGUGAGGAAGAGGAGACUAAGAAGAAGACUAAAGCCGAAAUGACGGCAGCUGAGCGUCGUAUAGAGAAGAAAAGGAAGCUGAAGGAGAUGUUUGACCAGGAGUAUGACAUGAAAGGGGACUCCGAGUUCUACGACACGUGGAAGGCAGACCUGCAGAAACAGUCCGAGUUAAACAGAGCAGAGUUUGAGGGGCUUGGAGAUGAGCAGAGGGUUCACUUCGAAGGCUUCCGUCCUGGAAUGUACGUGAGGAUGGAGAUUAACGACAUGCCUUGCGAGUUUGUGGAGAACUUCGACCCUUCCUAUCCUGUGGUAGUGGGUGGUCUGCAGAAUGUGGAGGUCAACAUCGGAUAUGUUCAGGCUCGAGUCAAGAAACACAGAUGGUAUAAGAAGAUUCUGAAAACCAGGAAUCCUCUGAUUGUCUCCCUUGGGUGGCGGAGAUUUCAAACUAUGCCACUGUACUCAAUUCAGGAUCACAACCUCCGUAACAGAUUGUUGAAGUAUACGCCAGAACAUCUUCACUGUCACGCAUCUUUCUGGGGGCCUAUAACACCUCAGGGGUCGGGUCUCUUGGCUGUGGAGAGUAUCUCUGAUGUUACUGCCAAGUUCCGAAUUGCUGCUACCGGGGUGAUUCUGGAACUUGACAAGUCGAUGCAGAUUGUGAAGAAACUGAAGCUGACUGGCACCCCUAAUAAGAUCUUCAAGAAAACAGCAUUUAUUGAGGGCAUGUUCAACUCGGGGCUAGAGGUGGCCAAGUUUGAGGGUGCCAGUAUUCGGUCUGUCAGUGGCAUCAGAGGUCAGAUCAAGAAAGCUCUCAAGACGCCUGAGGGGGCUUUUAGGGCGACCUUCGAGGACAAGAUCUUGAUGAGUGACAUCGUGUUCGUGCGGACAUGGUUCCAGGUAGAGGUACCCAAGUUCUUCAACCCUGUGACCACUCUCCUCCUUCCUAAGUCUGAAAAGAGCCAGUGGGUGGGCAUGAAGACAGUCGGACAGCUUCGCUAUGAGCAGGGAGUUGCGGUGCCACAGAAAGGGGACUCUCGGUACAAGGCUGUAGAGCGAAUGCCAAAGAGACUGAAGCCUCUGAUCAUCCCCCGAGAGCUACAGCAGCGUCUGCCGUUCAAGGACACACCGAAAGAGUUGCUGAGUCUGCCAGAGCCUGUCAAGCGGGUGUCCAUCAUCAGGGAGCCUAAAGAAGUCAAGGUUGCCAAGGUGAUGAAGAUGAUGAAGACGCUGUAUGAACACAAGCGCCGCUCAGCACAUGUACAGAUGAGGCGGCGUGCAGAGAAACACCAGCAGAACCAAGCUAAGAUUGAUGCCCUGAAGGAUCAGAAACACCGUCAGGUGAAAAAGGACAUUUACAGAAUCCUAGGGAGGAUGGAUGGCAAGAAGAAGCAGAAAAAAGCUGGGCAAUAACGUCCACUACUUGUGGGAUAGGGGCGAUUGGGUAGCCCAGUGGUUAAAUGUUCGCUUGUCACACUGAAGGCCCGGGUUUGAUUCCACACAUGGGUACAUUGUGUGAAGCCCAUUUCUGGUGUCCCCCGCUGUGAUAUUGCUGGAAUAUUGCUAAUAGCGGCAUCAAACCCAACUCACUCACUCACUCACUUGUGGGAUAUCUGUUCACUGCAGUAUCACAGCAGGAAGUAUGGGUGUUUCCAGGAUAGAACAGGCCCCAGAUCAACCUGCUCUGGUUGUAAGAGGAAAUGGACCCAGAUGUCGGACUUAGUUGAUUUGUGUGUGAUUGUAUAUCAUUGCUCACAUUAUCAAUCACUGAAUAUCUGGUCUUUACAGGCUCUCAUCAAUAUAGCUGGAACAUUGCUAUAUUAAGCAACAAAAAUGCAUGGUUAGACAUACCUAGAUAGACAGCCAGGGAACUAUACGGCAGUGGCAGGGUCCAUAACCACUGAAGGGCAGGCAGCAAUAACAGGCUAGGGCCCAUAACAGACAUUGAGACAGGCUUGUUGUCUCGGCAGAGUCCACAGCACAUGGAUGUAGUUUGUGAAGGUAUUGUACUAGCUGAUGCAUUUAAAACAGUGAAUAGUGAUGUGAAGGAAAUUGACAAGAAUUUGAAUUUAGCUAUGCUGUGUCAUCUUGGAAUGGUUUUCCAUGCAGUUACAACUAUGAAACUGUUUGUUAUAUGCAGGUUUGAAUGAUCUAUGAUGGAUAUGUCAGUUAGUUGAGUUCCUUCUGCUGCUGAAAUAAUGUCAGAGUCCUUGAAAGAUGCAAGCAAGCACUUAAUGACAUUGCCAUCUGGUGUCCGGUUGCCCAGCUAUCUAAGAGCCACAAUUCGCUGAUCAGAGUUACGUCCCUUUGGUACACCCAAAAUUGGAUUGUGGAUCAAAUCCUGAUUUGCCCUAAUUAUGUUUCUAGCUUUGUGAGCACCAUGCCAGUGCUUCAGCCAGGCAAGCGCCAUUGCGCCAUUGACACUAAAAAAUAUGCAGUGGCACUUUUUUCAAUUCUAGAGCGUACCCAUUGGCACAGCAUUUAAUAUAAUCCACAGGUCUUCUAUACCAUGGUUACCAUGAAUGGCAAAAGUCUCAACUGCAUUUGCACACAUUUUAGUAGUAAAGGUGCCAAUUGGCAAGACUAAAAAUAAUCCUGGCUGAAGCACUGCCAUGCCCAUGCACAUGGCUAACAAGUGGUAAACAUGUAGGACCUGCAUCAACUUGAGGAGUCCACCCACAUCAACUGUCAUUCCAUGAUGUAACUGGAAUACUGUUCAAAGUGGCUUGAAACUCACUCCAGGUUUAAAAAAUAUUUGGAGACUUUUUGUACAUUAACAUCAUGAAUGUAUGUAAAACUGACAAAAUAAAAAUUCGAAAGAGCUCAUAUGUACAUAAUUCAACAUGUAAUCUUGUCAAAAUCUAAAAAAAUAAACGAUAAAGAAUGU